AUGGCGUCGCUCUGCAAGGUGAUGCACAGCGUGUGCUCCAGAUCAUCUCUACUACCCAAACGCUGCGUUUUUACCACCCUCGGAUCGUUAUACAGCUCAGAUGCGAGCGGAGGAGACGAUAAAUCAGCCGGGAGGGCGAAGAGCGGGUUCGCCGCAGCGUAUGAGCAGCAUUCGGGCCUGCGACAGAGCGGUCAGCGGAGCUCCGUGGACGAGACCUCCUUCGCGUCGCUGCUGCGUCGCUCCGCGUUCACGCAGAUGGGUCCGGCCAAAGACAAGAUCGUGGUUGGCAGAAUCUUUCACAUCGUCAACGACGACCUGUAUAUCGAUUUCGGCGGGAAGUUCCACUGCGUGUGCAAGAGACCCUCCGCGGACGGAGAGAAGUACCAGCGCGGCAGCAGGGUGAGGCUGAGGCUGGAGGAUAUGGAGAUGACCUCGCGGUUCCUCGGAGCGACCGUCGAUACGACGCUGCUGGAGGCGGACGCCGUUCUGCUGGGACUCGUAGAGAGCAAGGCGACGGAGUAGCAGCCGUUGAGAACUCGGACUGAAGUGUAUGACUCUGUACUGCGUAUAGAAAUAUAAAAUGUAAUAUCCCAGGAUUCUGAUUCCGGUCUAUCUAUAUGUAUAUCUAUAAACACGCAUUUUAAAAAUGUUA